AUGUCUGAUUCCCCAUCAAACGGCGACGGCUCUGUGGUGCUCCCACUCACCGGCGACGACAAUCACGUCGUCUCUCUCAAUCCGACUUCACAGCUCCCCACGAAGUUAAACAAAAAUAACUUCCCUCAGUGGCGUGCACAGCUGCUAACUCUUCUUCGUGGUCUGGAUUUGCUGUCAUUUGUUGAUGGCACAAAAACAGCACCGGCAGAAGACGCUCCUGGACACAAUCGGUGGUAUCGUCAAGAUCAAUUGAUCUUACAUGCUAUAUUGUCCUCUGUAUCUGAUGUGGUGUCUCCCUAUAUCUCGGCAUCAAUCACUGCCCGUCAAGCAUACUCCGUUCUUGAGAGAAUGUAUGCAGGAAAUUCUCGAUCUCGGAUCAUUGGUUUGAAGACCCGGCUUGUGCAAGAAAGACAAGGCAACCGUUCUGUCUCUGCUUUUCUCCAGGAGAUGAGAACCAUAUGCACUGAGCUAGCUCUCGUUCAAGCACCAGUUGCUGAUGAAGAUCUUGUCCUUAACAUUUUACGAGGGCUGAACUCUGAAUUUGGCCCUCUCGCUGCUGCCCUUCGUGCUCGUGAGAACCCGAUUGAUGUCGAAGAUCUCCAUGACAGAUUGGUGGAGUUUGAAACUGACCUUGCUGCCAACCGACACUCUCCCACAACAGCCUUUUCUAUUCAUCGUGGGAGUGGUGGUGUACGAGGAGCAGCGCGUGGCCGUGGCUUCUCUCCUUCCAAGCAGCCCUCUCAUCAAAGGCAAUUUCAGCACCCUCAACAAACUCCUCAUCGGCAAUUUUAUCAAGGACACCCCCUCUUCAUCAACACAUCCGGGCAUCACUUCUGCUCCUGCUCGUACACAACCUACAUCGCCAUCCCCUUAUUCUGCCUCCGAGAAGUCUGCCUCCCCACGGCCAGCUCCUUCACCGCCCACGCCACCACCAUCACCUGCUGUCCUCCCACCGCCCUCAGCUCCACCUCUUCGGAUGGUGACUCGCAGUCAACAUGGUAUUUUCAAGCCUAA